CAACAUGCGACUUGUGGUGGUUGAUAAGAUGAUUUCCAUUUCUUCCUUUAUUAUUCAUGUAUUGUAAUUAAUAAUUUAUUAUUCAAUAUUCACUCAAGAUUUCUGGUUGUGUAUUGGCUGGCAGUUUUCUGAAGUACCUGUAAAAUUUAUGACAUCUUUCUGUUGCUAGUUUCUCUUUUUUUUUGUGUGUCUACAGGAAGACGAAGAAUCUAAAAGUUCAACAUGUUGACUUCCAAAAUUGCUUUCAUAACUGGAGCUGGUAGUGGGAUUGGAAGAGCUUCUUGUCAGCUGCUGGCCAAAGAAGGAGCAACAGUCAUUGCAACGGACCUCAAAAGCUCUGCAGCAGAAGCAACUGUGAAAUCUCUCCCAGGAACAAAUCAUGUUUCAAUGGGAUUGGAUGUGUCAAAGGAUGAACAAGUUCAAAGCAUUUUUAGCAAUUUAAAGGCUCAGUCAAAGGUUCCAUCGAUAAUAAUAAAUUGUGCAGGAAUAACCGGAGAUUCAUUUUUAGUGGAUGCAACAAAAGACGUUUUUCAGAGGGUUGUUGAUGUAAAUCUAGGGGGGACGUUUUCCGUUGCUCAAAAUGCGUGCAAAGCCCUCAUGGAGGCUAAAUCACCAGGAUCAAUUGUCAAUGUGUCGAGUAUUGUUGCAACCAUGGGGAAUGUAGGGCAGUGCUCUUACGGUGCAAGUAAGGCAGGAGUUGUAGGGUUCACAAAAAGUCUGGCACUGGAAAUGGCCAAGUAUAAUAUAAGAUGCAAUGCUGUAAUGCCUGGUUUCACUGACACGCCAAUGGUUCAGGCAGUUCCGGAGAAAGUAAAAGCCUUAAUUUUAGCCCAGAUUCCCCUGCGAAGAAUGGCUGCUCCGGAAGAAAUUGCUGAGCUGAUCCUCUUUCUGGCAUCGGAUAAGAGCUCCUAUAUGACUGGAACGGCUAUUCCCAUAUCUGGUGGAUUGUACUCCUGAGUUUGAGCAUUGUCUUUUUGCUGGAAGUUCUCUAAUAUAUCUGCGGUAAAACUCCUAAGCCAUGCAGCUCAGUUUGCGAUGUUGCGGACUUCCUGUCAUACUUUAUUUUUUAAAUAAAGAACUCUACGUCAAUUCUUGAAAACUUCCAAAAUUUUUCUUCUUUGCGUGAGACAAAUUUCAAAAAAACUACGAGGAGCGAUGAGGAGGGCUAAUUUGUUCUCCUUGAAAAUAAUAAGUAUGUCAACAUUGCAAACUAGAUGCAGGGUUGGGAAGUUUCACUGCUGAUAUUUAUUUGGAUUGCUUUCUCAGAAACCUACUUCUGAUGUGUCUUUUUGAGGCUGCAAAGAAUUCUAUGCAGCAUUGCAGCUAAAACUGAUAAACAAGAGCCAACAUGAGUUUGACAAGACACUCAUUGUGCUAGCACAAGGUCCAUAUUCAACGCUUGUUCAAAUAUACCGCGCAACUCGCUUGUCAUCUAAAUGCCCCUAGCUCUACAAAAUCCUAAAUUGGUAUCAACCAAUAUCUAUAUUUUUCAGAAUCUGAUUUGAUUGUGAAGGAAAAGCUGAAGUACAAAUCUGAAUACAAGUCUGAACUAGCAAGUAAGGUAUAACCAGUUUAAUUCCUUAAGACUGAAUACAUUGUACGGCAGUUCAGGAUUUUAAAAAAAAUGUAUCUCAUAAGUUAUUUACUACCUCUAAUAUGAUCUUUGAGAUUAUUUGUUACUUUGAUAGGAAACAAGUGGUGAUAGUUCUUCUUCUGUUUCUGAAAAAUUUAUUUCAUUUUUAGCUCAUUUGUUACAAUUUUGUUGCGUUUUAAUAAAAUUUUCUAUUUUAAUAUGUAA